AUGAAUUUUAUACUCAAAGACUCAAAGGGUUUCCCUUACGUGCCUUGCAAGUGCAAGUGCGAGAAUCCAACAAUUGAGGCUAUCGCCAAGGAGAUAUUCAACGACGUGGCUGCGGCUCUGAGCAAGUUGGAUAAUCUCCUUUGCGCAGCCAUUCUAUCCUCGUACAUGGCGAUACUUGAGGGUGAAAUCGAUGCAAUCGGGGGUGCUGAUAUAGAAGGGGCUCGCGCUGUCAUUCAGGGUGCUAAGACGUUCGCAAAGAAUGGCAUGACUGCUGCGUCGUUCUUUAGCGACUGGAUUGAACCUACUUGCGGAGUACCAGACUUUAAUUUCGACCUUGCUAGCAUGUUUACUACUCUAAUCGCCGGACCGGAUUCUAUGGGGAAAAGUGUUGGGUGUAAGAUCCCGAAGCUUUAUCUGCCGCGCUCAAGCAUCAUCGAGCUUCCAGAAUCAGGAUGGCCCAUGAUUACUGCGGAUGCUUUCCGUCCACUGGUCAAAGCAGACGAGGUCAUCGCGCUAUUGCGGCAUCUGCCCUACAUCCGAAGCUAUGAGAAACCAGACGUUGUACCUGAAGCCCAUUGUGUCGAUUAUACUAACCAGGGGAUGCUUGAACAACUAAAAGGGCUAGAGGCGGACGAUCUUUGGACCAUAAAGAUCGGGAUGGAGGGUGUGUUUACAUAUGAGGACACCCCAGCGCAAGUCGUCGAAUGCCCGGACGAGGUAAAACUCAACCUCUCGCGGGAAGCCAUAACUGCCAGGGCGGAGGACUACGAACCACCGGAGGAAGAGGCCUGGCGAUCUAACAAUCCGGCUUGGGCGGUGGAUGACUUUUAUGAGCUGCUGAAGGAUCUGUAUCGCUCGCUGACCUUCAUUCCCUCGAAUUCCGACCACGUACUAGAUUCGUUCGCAGGGUACCUUGAGGAGUUCGACAGCGCUUAUCCCAUGUCGCGGCGCAUCUUCAGAGCUCAUGGCUGGCCGGACCUGGAUGCCUAUAAGAAAGAGGAAUGUUUGGAGGGUGUACAAAAGGCGCUCAGAAAGAACUAUUCUGAUUUCACGUUGCCCUGCUGGUCAUAUCACUCAUACCAUUAA